CAAUUUUAUGAAAGCGAACAAAAUUGGUUAAGUUGAUGCCGAUCAGUUUGCAGUUUGAAAAAAUUCUUCGUUGAGGAUAGAUCGCUAUUUUUAGGAGUAAAUAAAAUCGAACGAGACUAAACAUCGAAACUUUCUUGUUAUAAGCACAACACAAAAAAACGAUCAAAAUGUUCAAAAGCCAUUUGGAAAUGAUCGGUCGUAAUGAGACCCCCAGCAAAAAAGCAAAAUUCUGGCAAUCAUACAUCAGGUCCUUGAAAGGAUCCGAAGAUAUUCGUGCCCAUGAAGCACCAAGAGCUAGCCGGCCAUACAGCUCAUAUUUGGACUCUCCCGCCACAUACAGGAGCAUUUUCGAUGAGCCAGCCACUGCCAACCAACGUGUGCAAUCUCAUGGCUACAGAUACUUGCCAGUGAGCAGAGAUACCUAUGGUUACUCUCCACGUGCCAUCUAUGAUCAUCAUUACAGCAGAACUAUUCCAGCAAACUACGAUGCAGAGAAGGCCUGGAAUGAUCAUCUGAAGCGUAUGCAAGAAAUUGAACGCAGAUAUCCAUCUCGUUAUGGCCUUUACCUGAAGGACAAGCCAUACACACCCAACGCACUUGUGCCUUUGGAAUAUGAACCAGAAGACAAGCUCCUUCAAGAACUCAACAAGGCAAUUAAAGUUUGAAGAAGUUUUUCAAAAUCAACUAUUAGAUUCGCUUGGUAUAACAAAUACCGAAGUGAAAUUAACACAGAAAUUCUUUUGUUUGAUACAAUUUAAAGUUGAUCUAUCU